ACGUAAAUGAGGGGUAAUAACUGACAUGUAUGGCGACAAAUGUUUUUGCUGAGCUUUUCAAAAGUCCAUUUGGAUUAUCCCCAACUUGCCUUAAACACAAGCAAGCACAAUUGCACCGAAUAAAGGCAUUUAUAAGAACAGACAAACAGGAUCAGAAUUUCGUUGAUGGAGAUGGAGAGGCAUUGGAGUACUCUGUUUUUAUUUGUUCUUCUGUUGAUUCAAAAGCAGGGGAUGUUUCACCUGGUAGAAGCAGAUGAUGGGUUUGUGAGAACACAAGGAGUUCAAUUUGUGUUGAAUGGGAGCCCAUUUUAUGCAAAUGGGUUCAACGCGUACUGGCUCAUGUAUUUCGCCGCAGACCCAUCUCUGAGAACCAAGGUCACCUCCGUAUUUCAAGAAGCCAGAGACUACGGCCUCACCAUUGCAAGAGCUUGGGCUUUCGGGGAUGGUGGAGAUCAGCCUCUACAGUACUCUCCUGGCUCCUAUAAUGAGCAAAUGUUCCAGGGGUUGGAUUUCGCUAUAUCCGAAGCUAAUAGACAUGGGAUUAAGCUUGUGUUGAGUCUGGUGAACAAUUAUGAUCAAUAUGGAGGGAAGAAACAGUAUGUGAACUGGGCAAGAAAUCAAGGGCAGUCCAUUUCUUCUGAUGAUGAAUUCUUUAGCAACUCUGUGGUCAAGGACUACUACAAGAACCACAUCAAGACUGUUCUUAUGAGAAGAAACAGUGUGAGUGGAGUUGCUUACAAAGAUGACCCAACAAUAAUGGCAUGGGAGCUGAUAAACGAGCCCAGAUGCAACUCUGAUCUAUCAGGCAAAUCUAUCCAGGCUUGGAUUACAGAUAUGGCAUCCUACUUGAAAUCUGUUGAUGGAAACCAUUUACUAGAAGUGGGUCUUGAAGGUUUCUAUGGACAGACAUCAGCUGAUAAGCAACAAUACAACCCAAACUUCCAAGUAGGAACAGAUUUCAUUGCCAACAAUCAGAUCGCUGGUGUUGAUUUCGCAACAGUUCACUCGUACCCAGAUCAAUGGUUACCUGGCUCGAGCUGCGAAACCCAGAAUUCAUUCUUGAACAAUUGGCUCAACAUUCACAUCCAAGAUGCGCAGAACAUCCUUAACAAGCCAGUUCUCUUUGCGGAGUUUGGAAAAUCUGCCAAAACUUCUCCAUAUGACCAAAGGGAUGAGCUCUUUGAUAAAAUCUACUCUGCAAUUUAUUCAUCAGCUAGCAGUGGAGGUGCAGCGGCUGGUGGCCUGUUCUGGCAACUUUUAACCGAAGGAAUGGACUCGUACCGGGAUGGUUAUGAGGUUAUCUUCAGUGAGAACCCUUCAACAGCUAGCAUUGUCUCUCAACAGUCACAAAAGCUUAACCGGAUCCGGAAGAUGUAUGCGAGAUUGCGAAACGUGGAGAAGUUGACGCAGGAAAGGGGAGAUUAAAAGGGCAGAAUGGUGGACAGAGAACAAUGGGAAUGAUACAGGAAAUUGAGUGAAGCUCAGGUAAAAUACAAAAGAUGCAAUAUAGCUAGAAAGAUUGAAGAACUGAUGCAUUAUAAUGUUUCAAAUAUGUAGAAUGCUCAUCAUAGAAAGUAAGCUUAUUCGCUUUGUCUAAAGAGCUAAUCUUUUAUCCAAGAAACUAAUCAAAGCCGGCAGGCAUGGUUAUUCAUUAAAA